ACAUUGUCAUUUAGUAAAUUGUCUUGAGGAGCACGAACUCCACCCCACAGAGCCACAGGUCGCCGCCUGAGUAACAACGAUUCCAUUUGCUUCUGCGUUCUUUCUUCUUCCUUGAGAUCUUCUCUCUGCUUCAUCCAUCUCUUUACGAGCCAAAUUAACAUAAUGGUGAAAGCUUAUGCACAAGAGCAUGUUUACAAGCACCCAUGGGAGCGAGUUACUUCAGCUUCCUGGCGCAAGUUUGCUGACCCUGAGAACAAGCGUACACUAUCCCAUAUCCUUGAGGUUGACACACUGAACCACAAGCUUGAUCCACAAGCUGGGAAGCUUUACACCACUCGUGCACUUACUAUCCAUACCCCAGGACCAUGGUUCAUUCGCAAAAUUGUUGGUCAGGAUAUUUGCCACUGUGUCGAAUCAACAGUUGUUGAUGCUCGAUCAAGAUCUAUGCAACUUGCCACGCACAAUAUUAGUCUCCAGAAGUUCAUAGAAGUCGAGGAGAAGAUCAGUUAUAACCCUCAUCCGAACAAUCCAAGUGCGUGGACAGUUUGUCGGCAGGAGACCAGCAUUAAGAUUAAGCCAUUAUCAGCUCUGGCAUCAAUGGCAGAGAAGGUGGAGCAACGUUGUGCUGAGAAGUUUAUGCAAAAUAGUGUCAAGGGCAGAGAAGUAAUGGAAAGGAUCUGUAAGUAUCUUGAAGCUGAUUCUAGUGGGAUUGGUCUCUAAUUUUGAUAUCUAGACUUUAAUUUUUUAUCUUGGUACUAGCUUGCUGGGUUUGUAAUGCAUGCAAGAGUAGGUAAUAAAAAGAGAAAACAAUGGAGGGGCGAACCAGACAUUCCUGUUUGAAUUUCUAAUGUAGCCAAGCUGUAGUGUGAGGACUUAAUGUUCUGGGACCCUUUUUGUCAAUGCAGUUUUGAGAAUAGAGUGAUAUUAAGGGUGAUACUGAAAACCAUUCGUGUGUCUUUGAUAUUGGUAUUAAAGAAAAAAAAUGCUGCUGUCGCUUGGAAUUUUGGCCUUGAAUGGCAUGCAGUUGUGGGUGCAAGAAACAGAAUCACUGCAUAUCUCGUCAUUUCAGCCGGUUUUGCUUUGACUAGUCAUGUUGACAUCUACGGCUGAUUUUAUUUUACUCUACAGUUUUAGAUAUUGUAACAAAGUUGGUUAUUAUCGUAAUAUCUUUAUAUUUUGGUUCAAUCUCA